AUGCUCGCAGCUCGAACCCUGGAGGUCUGUAGGCUUCCGCGACCUGAUCGCCUCAGGGUAUUAGCUCGGUGGACAUCGUCCGCCAGGUCAUUGGGCAGUUCCCCUUCUUCGAGCAACGCCAUCAGCGCCCAAGACCCGUCAUUUGGCCCCAAAAAAGCAGAGCUCGACGACUAUAGAGUCGCUCUCGAAGAAGAUGUGAAACCAAGGAGAAUACGAAGAGCUCGGCCCGCCCUGCCUUCCCUGUAUCGGCUCGACUCGUUUGACGGGUCUGGGAGCGCAUUGCCUUCAUCAGGCCAUCAGAGCCGGAAAGGGAAAGAGAAGGAAUUACCUGUGCUUGAAGUCGCAGAGACGAAAGAGACGCAAGCACCCCAGUCCGCCGUCACUGUCGACAUGCCUAAGGGAAGUCGACGGAAUCCUGUCGGUGUUCAGAUGCUAUCUUCUUCCUUGCACUCACAGCUAUUUCCUGGCGCAACAUUGCCAAAACCUCCCGAAUCUCUUCUUGCGAUUUCGAAGCGACACCUGCAAGACAAUGGUCUGUCGCCGGAAGGCGCAGCUGUGUCACCCGAUAUAUCUUUCGAGAUGCCUGCUCUGCGCGGAAAAGAUAUUCGCGAGCACUUUGCGGCCCUUGGUAAGCAUGUUGCUGAACCGUAUGCCUCGAUGGCCAAUGACUUGGUCAAUGUACGGAUACCCGAAAAGCCUGCUGCGUGGGAAGUGAACAAAGCCGGCUGGACAAAGUACUAUUCAGAUGGAAGGACGGAAGCCGUCGACGACCUCGGAGACGAGACUCUGGUCUCAUUCGACGUGGAAACGCUGUACAAGCUGUCAAAAUUCCCAGUCAUGGCUACGGCCGCUUCACCGGAUCACUGGUAUUCCUGGCUGUCGUCCACGAUCUUUGAGGACCUGCCAGAUACACUACCGGAGAAAUCUGCCCCUUACGAUAUCUCGACCCCAAGUUGCCAUCCCAACGAACUCAUCCCUCUCUUUCCAGAAUCUUCUCCGACUCCCCGUCUGGUCGUAGGUCAUAAUGUGGGCUAUGAUCGCGCGAGAAUUCAAGAAGAGUACUCUCUUGAGCGCACGGGCACACGUUAUCUCGACACUCUUGCUUUCCAUGUUGCGACCCGAGGAAUCACUUCUGUCCAACGCCCGGCUUGGAUGGCAUACAGGAAAAACAAGAAGGCCAAGACUCAGCGAGAUCAGGAUAACCUUGAUGUCUUGCAAGAGUACGCUCAGGAGUCUGGGGAUGUCAACAUGCUAGCUAGCCUCCAAGACUUUGGCGGUACCAGCGAGACGGAGGCAGACACGUCCAACAGAAGAUGGGAGGAAGUCACCUCGAUGAACUCUCUAGCAGAGGUCGCCUCUCUGCAUUGCAACUACCCCGUCGACAAAUCCGUGCGCGAUCGUUUUGGCGACGAUGCGAUCAAGCAUGCUUCCCAGCUCCGUUCGGAAUUACAGGACCUCUUGACAUAUUGUGCAAAUGACGUCCGUAUCACACACGAUGUCUACAAAAAAGUGUAUCCUCUCUUUUUGGAAUCGUGCCCCCAUCCUGCUACCCUCGCCGGUGUUUUGACCAUGGGCAAGUCUUUCCUCCCCGUGGACCAGAGCUGGAAAGAGUAUUUGAAGAACGCGGAGACGACUUAUAGAGAGAUGGACGAUGCUGUCAAAAAAGCCUUGAGACUGCUAGCGGAAAAGGUCAAGGCGGACGGACCAAAGGAAGAUGACCCGUGGAUAUCGCAGUUGGAUUGGACACCAAAAAAUGCUCGAUGGGCUGACGGGAAUGUCGAUGCCAACGAGAGCGCUGUCACAGAGGCGUCUCUGGACGCCGUCAAUGACACUGCUGUCGCAACAGUACCCCCUUCCGCCACAGUAGAGGCCGACACAAACUCUCCACCUGCAUCACGGGGGGCUACAGUGGCCCCAGCAUGGCUGAGCGACAUUGUCAAGGAUGAUUCGAACCUGAGCUCCAACGUCUCCCAGCGUUAUCUUUUCCCGCUCAUCCUUCGCCUGUCCUACAAAGACCAUCCGGUCGUUUACCUCUCUGAACACGGCUGGUGCUUCAUGGUACCACAAGAGCGGCUCACAGAGUAUAUUGCGGUGCAUGGUGAUCCUGUUGCUUCAGGCGACAAAGAUAGGCUGCCCGGUGUAUGUGAGCAUGAUAACGCCCUGUUCCGGAUAGGUGGAUAUGGGAGCUCCAAAAAGGUCAAGCUCAGCGGUCCUUCAAGCAAGAAGCUUGUCACCAGUGGCGAGCUGACCAGUCCCUACCCAGAGGUGUUGAAUGGCUUGGUGAGGUCGGAAGAUGUCAGUCUGCAUCUGGAAGACUUGCGGCGGUGCGUGGAGGACUUGAAGGGGAUGAAGGAAAGCGUGUGGGGGCAGCAGCUCGAUUGGUCAUUGAAGGAUGUCGUCUUAUCGUCAACACCUGAAGCUAAAUCCCCCAAAAGAGCUAAAUCACCCAAGACAGCAGAGCAUAUCAAUGGAUCUUGGCCGAAAUGGUACUGGGACCUCACCGGCCCAGCCCACCGCAUUCCUCCCGGUCAACUCGACCUCACUUGCAAGAAGUCGGUCGCCCCACUGCUCCUCCGCCUACAAUGGCAAGGUUUCCCGCUUUUCGCGAGCAAAGAGCAUAAAUGGCUAUACCGCAUGUCCAAGAGUGCUCUUCAGAAAGAUCCUCUCGCAAAAGCUAGAGGCGAGCCUGUGGUAUUCGGCGAGAAAGAUGCCGAUUUCGUGCACUUCCACGACCCCAAUUAUGUCUUUUUCCGGCUUCCGCAUAAAGAUGGCGAAGGCAAUAACGUCGGCAACCCUCUCUCCAAGAAUUUUGUAAAGCCCAUCGAGUCUGGUGAGCUUGCUUCAGCAGCUGCAGGAAGUGAGGACGAUGUUGCUGCGAGAGCCGCUACGGACGCGACCAACAUGAACGCGUUCUGCAGCUAUUGGAUCAGUUCGAGGGAACGGAUCAUGGAUCAGAUGGUCAUAUACAGAGACGGGAAAUUCGGCAUGAUCCUCCCUCAGGUCAUUACGAUGGGUACAGUCACUCGACGAGCUGUUGAAGCAACUUGGUUAACGGCCUCGAACGCCAAAAAGAACCGCGUUGGGUCAGAGCUCAAAGCCAUGAUCCGCGCUCCACCUGGCUACUCGAUUGUCGGAGCCGAUGUGGACUCGGAGGAGCUUUGGAUCUCCAGUGUCAUGGGCGACUCACAAUUUGGAGUGCAUGGUGCUACUGCCAUAGGCUGGAUGACCUUGGAAGGGACAAAGUCUGCUGGAACCGAUCUCCAUUCCAAGACUGCCAAUAUCCUGGGUAUCUCCAGAGAUGCUGCCAAAGUCUUCAACUACUCGCGUAUCUAUGGUGCUGGAAAGAAGCAUGCUGUCCAACUGUUGCUGCAAGGCGACUCCAACCUCACCAAAGAGUCGGCUGGUCAACUGGCCGACAACCUGUACAAAUCUACCAAAGGUGCCAAGGCGAUGAGGUCAAAGCAGAAACUCCCGGCCGCCGUCCCAUCUCUAUGGCACGGGGGCUCCGAAAGCUACCUGUUCAACAUUCUUGAAGCCAUUGCUCUGAGUGAGAGGCCAGUGACACCUGCCCUCGGCUGCGGUGUCACUCGAGCUCUCCGAAAGUCAUAUCUGGAGGAAGGGUCUUCCUAUCUUCCAUCAAGAGUCAAUUGGGUCGUACAAUCAUCAGGUGUCGAUUAUUUACAUCUACUGAUUGUUUCAAUGGAGUAUCUCCUCCACAAGUACGACAUCAAAGCACGGUAUCUCAUUUCGGUGCAUGACGAGGUUCGCUACCUUGCAAAGGAAGAAGAUCGGUACCGUACCGCAAUGGCUUUACAGAUUGCCAACGCGUGGACUCGGGCCCUUUUCUGUUACAACUUGGGUAUCGAUGAUAUGCCGCAAGGGAUCGCAUUCUUUUCGGCAGUGGACGUAGACCAUAUCCUCCGGAAAGAGGUCUUCCUCACUUGCGAGACCCCGAGCCACAAGGAGAAGAUUGCGCCCGGAGAAUCUUUGGAUAUCAACCAGCUGCUUGAGAAGGUUGCUGGUGGUAGUCUCGGACCGGCAAAAGAGGAUGAUUUGGCCGUAUCGGGCAAUGCAAAGUCGCCAAUCGCACUUUUUCCCAAUAUUCAAUCCGACAAUCAUAGAAAGUUCCUCGAAGCUCAAGCAAACAGACGAGGGCAUCUUGCAAGGGGCUGGCUGGACAGCCUCACUCCUAUAGUACAGGCGACGGAAGGGGUAGCGAAGCGGCCCUGGAAGUGGGGUACGAAGAAACCUGUGUCAGUGAAGGGAGGGGCAUCAGCCUAG